AUGGACUCAACCAAGAACCCUUCGACUACGGUCGAAAAGUCAGACGUCGAGUCGUCUCAACCAGCGCCUCAGAAUGAAGUCGUCGAGGACUUUACUCCUCCGGUCUCGACCUCGUCCUCUUUUGGGACUCUUCUCAAGGGGCUCACGACGGCGGGAGUGGAGAUGCGAGGCCUGGAGCCCAUUCCGCCUGAGAAGCGGAACCACAUCAAGUACUACAAUAUCUUUACACUAUUUGGAGGCUCAUUUGUUUCUGUUUUGCCGCUGAGCAUCGGUACCACGCCGACCCUGGCGUUCGGCCUCUCGUUCAAGGAUGCAGCGGCGAUGAUCGUGACGAUGCAGUUUAUCUUUGUGCUUCCGACGCUGUAUAUCCUCACGCUGGCUCCGCUGCUGGGAAUGAGACAGUCGGUGCAGUUUCGUUAUGCUUUCGGAAAAUACCCGAAUGCCUUCAUCAGUUUGAUCGUCAUCCUUGAGGUGCUCAUCUUUGGCAUUCUGGCCACAGUUUCCGGCGCAGAGUGCCUCUCCGCCAUCCGUCCAGGCACCCUCCCGGUCGAAGGCUCCAUCGGAAUCAUCCUCGUCGUCGGCUUCGUCAUCAGCUUCAUCGGCUACCGAGCCCUGCAUCUGAUCUGCCAAUACAUUUGGAUCCCCAAUAGCAUCGCCCUGCUGAUCCUGGUCGGUUGCGCCGGAAGCAGCCUGCACAAUCAGGCGCCCGCCCGUACCUCUGGCGUUGCUGCCCCUUACCUCGCGACGAUCUCCAUCUGCGCAUCCAACAUGGCAACAUGGGGUACCAUUGUUGGAGACUAUGCGUGCUACAUGCCUCCGCACGCCCCGCGGUUGCGUCUCGCCUUCUACUGCUUCAUGGGCCUGUACGUCCCCUUCACACUGAUGAUGAUGCUGGGCGCAGCCAUCGGCGGUGCAAUCGGCGCCAUCCCAGCCUGGGGAGCAGCAUAUGGCCAGGGCGGGCUGGGUGCAGUCCUUGGUGAGAUCCUCGUUGACAAAGUUGGCGGUUUCGGCCGUUUCCUCCUCGUCAUCCUUGGCUUCUCAAUCGUGACGACCUCGGCACGAGACAUGUACAGCAUGUCACUGUUCACCGUCGCAGUUGUCCCCUGGCUGCGACGUGUCCCGCGUAUAAUUAUCCUCUUUGGCGCCGCAGGCGUGAUGAUCGGCGUGGCAAUCGCGGCUUCACGCUCGUUCCUAUCAACGCUGAGCACGCUUGUCAGUAUCGCGGGAUACAUGACGGGUCCGACGGUCUGCGUAUUCUUAAUUGAGUGGUUCUACUUCCGCCGCGCGGAUCCGGCCUCUAUGGAUCCGAAGAUCUGGAACAAUGCAGCCGCGCUACCCUCGGGUAUUCCUGCUCUCGUCUCGAGUAUCGUCCCCUGGGCACUCAUCAUCACAUCCAUGGACAACGCCUGGUACGUCGGGCCGAUCGCGAAGCACACAGGGGAUCUCGCGUACGAACUGGGGACGGUGAGCGCGGGAGUUUUGUAUUUCCCGCUUCGGCUGCUCGAAGUGCGCUGGCGAGGGCGGCUGUAG